GAGGUGACACGCCGGUGGCACCGCACGCUGCUGGAGCUGGACCUGAGCGGGCGCCGCGAGCCCGGCCUGGGGGCGGCGCUGGCCCAGUUCGGGCCCCGCGACCCCCUCAGGGUCCUGCGGCUGGCGGGGACCCCCGAUGCACCUGGGCAACCUCAGAGCCACCUGGGCAACCUCGGAACCUGCCUGGGCAACGCCAGGAUCUGCCUGGGCAACAUCAACACCCACCUGGGCAACCCCAGAGCCCACCUGGGCAACCUCAGAACCACCUGGCCUCAGAACCACCUGGGCCACCUGAGAGCCCACCUGGGGCACCUGAGAGCCCACCUGGGCAACCUGAGAGCCCACCUGGGCAACAUCAACACCUACCUGGGCAGCCUCAGAACCACCUGGAGCCACCUGGGCAACCCCGGAGCCACCUGGGCAAUGCAAGGACCCACCUGGGCAAUGCCAGAGCCCCCUGGGCCACCUGAGAAUGACCUGGGCAACCUGCGCGUUUACCUGGGCAACCUGGGAACGUGCCUGGGCGAUGCCACAGCCCACCUGGGCAACGCCAAGGCCCACCUGGGCAACCUGGGAGCCUCGCUGGGCAACGCCAGAGCCAACCUGGGCUACGGACCACCUGGGCAACCUCAGCUCCAACCUGGGCAACCUCAGGGACCACCUGGGCAACCUGAGAGACCUCCUGAGCAACCUCAGCUCCAACCUGGGCAACCUCAGCUCCAACCUGGGCCACCUGAGAUACCACCCGGGCCACCUCAGCUCCAACCUGGGCAACCUCAGGGACCACCUGGGCAACCUCAGCUGCAGCCUGGACAACCUGAGAGACCUCCCGGGCCACCUGAGAGACCUCCCGGACCACCUGAGAGACCACCUGGGCCACCUCAGCUCCAACCUGGGCCACCUGAGAGACCACCUGGGCAACCUGAGAGCUCCCUGGGCAGUGUAAGAACCCACCUGGGCACCCUCAGUCCCACCUGGGCAGUGCCAGAGAUCGCUGGGCAACCUCAGUUCCCACCUGGGCCACCUCAGUUCCCACCUGGGCAACCUCAGCGUCCACCUGGACAGCCUCAUCUCCAACCUGGGCCACCCCAGAGACCACCUGGGCCACCUCAGUUCCCACCUGGGCCACCUCAAUUCCCACCUGGACAACCUCAGUUCCCACCUGGGCAACCUCAUCUCCAACUUCGGCCACCUCAACUCCCACCUGGACAACUUCAACGCCCACCUGGGCCACCUCAUCUCCAACCUGGGCCACCCCAAUUCCCACCUGGACAAGUGCAGCGCCCACCUGGACCACCUCAAUUCCCACCUGGACAACUUCAACUCCCACCUGGGCCACCUCGGUUCCCACCUGGGCCACCUCAGCGCCCACCUGGGCCACCUCAGCGCCCACCUGGGCCACCUCAGCGCCCACCUGGGCCACCUCAGCACCGCCUGGGCCACCUCACGAUUUACCUGGACAAGCUCAACUCCCACCUGGGCAACCUCAGAGCGCACCUGGGCGAGCUCAGGGCCCACCUGGCCAACCUCAACUCGCGCCUGGACAAGCCCGGCGGCCACCUGGGCGAGCUCAGGGCCGGCCUGGGCACGCUGGGCGCCCUCCUGGGCAACCUGAGCGCCCACCUGGACAACCUGGGCGCCCUGCUGGGCAACCUGAGCGCCCACCUGGGCAACCUGGGCAUCAACCUGGGCACCUUCCGAGGCCAGAUGGGCGACGGCAGAGCGGCCUGGGCGGGCUGGGCGCCACCUGGGCAAGCUCAGAGCCCACCUGGGCAACUUGAGAAAUCAUCUGGGCAAGCUCAGAGCUCACCUGGGCAACUUGAGAAAUCACCUGGGCAAGCUCAGAGCCCACCUGGGCAACUUGAGAAAUCAUCUGGGCAAGCUCAGAGCUCACCUGGGCAACUUGAGAAAUCACCUGGGCAAGCUCAGAGCCCACCUGGGCAAGCUGAGAGCCCACCUGGGACCCCUCGGAGCUCACCUGGGACCCCUCGGAGCCCCCCCGGGACCCCCGAGAGCCCCCCCGGGACCCCCCGGAGGUCACCUGUGCGGCCCCAGUGCGUACCUGGCUGACCGAGCCCCCCCCGAGCUCGAUCAGAUGCUAAUGAGAUGCUAAUCGCAUGCUAACGAGAUGGUAACGAGAUGGUAAUAAGAUGCUGAUGAGAUGCAAAUGAAGCCUCCCUGAUUGCUCGCGGCCUGUCGGGGGUGGGGGA